AUGAUUUCGGCUAUUUUUAUAUCAACACCACGCGGGGAUAUUCUAUUAUAUCGUGCAUACAAGGAUGACAUAACACGACAAGACGCUUCGGAAUUCGUCCAACGGUUAAUUUUGUCGGACAAAUACAAGGAAGUCCCUACAAUUCGCCACCGUCGCUGGGUUUAUGCCAAAGUUUCCAUAAACUUCCUAACUUUGUGUUGCGUGGUAAGACACAAUGGGAAUGUCACAAGGGCUCUAACUUGUUUAAUAGAGUUACGGCAAUUGAUACAUGUUGUAGUCGGGGAAAAAGUGACAAACGAUUCUGUUAUGAAUAACAUUUUGACCAUAUACGAGAUUAUGGAUGAGAUAAUUGAUGGGGGGUGUAUUCAGAAUAUGGAAAAGGUGGCUUUAGCUAACUUUUCAGUCUCCGAGUUUUCAGCCAGAUUGUUGUUAAACAAUUCUUCCUUCGUACAGUAUUCGGCGCCCACUGAUGAUAAUAUUCCAAAUCUACCCGAUGUGCCUUCAUUCACAAACGAUUUCCCCAUCGCACCGCAGCCAAAACCUAUAGAAUCACCACUGUUUGUCCAAAAAGAAGAUCCGUAUGAGUCAUUCAAUCAGACUUACUUGGCUGCAACUUCAUUUGCUAUACUCAAAGGGGCUGAUGUUAAACAUGUGAAAAAUGCAUCCUCGUUCAAUGUUAUAAGUAACACCAGUGGUAAACAUGAUGCUGAUUUAAAUCUGGGUACUGCCAUGGCAACUGGCGAGAUGGUUCCCUGGAGAAUCUACGGUCUUGACUAUAGGAAGAAUGAAAUAAUCCUUACAGUAUCGGAAGUGCUAAAUGUAUAUUACAACCUGGCUGGGUCACUAGUUGACUGCCAUAUAAUUGGUAAUCUUGAAGUUAACAGUUAUAUAUCUGGAUCUCCAGAAUUGACAUUGGGAGCCAACUUUUCAGUUGACAAUAUCAGCUAUGGCGGCAUUUAUACCCUCCCUAGCAAAGAACUUCCCUCGCCAGAAUCUUCACGUAACUAUACAAUAUUUGAACAUGUAAAAUUUCACAAGAGUGUACAAUUAAAUUCUGCUUACACUGGCUGUAUAUGCUUCAUCCCUCCAGAUGGCCAAUUUACACUCUUCACAUAUCGUUCCACUGACAAAAUUGUUCACCCUCUUAAAAUCACUGCAGUGGUGCACAAGAGAUCCUCAAUCCAUCUAGACUAUGCAAUUACUAUAAAAUGGUUGCUGGGUAAAAAACUUACGGGUACUGGCAUAGUAGCUACGUUACCAAUUCCGCCAAGCUCGAAAAAUGUAGAUAUUUACAAUGUUUCCACGGGUAACGCAAAGGUAGAAAUGUCUAAAAACGUUGUGGAGUGGAAGAUUAAAAAAUUAUGCGGAGAGCAAGAGUUGACUAUGCGCUGUGGAACUGACUUUACCGCUUCACCGAUUGGUACACAGUGGAAGCAGCUGCCACUGCAUGUUAAAUUUGAAAUUGCUGGAUAUGCUCCCAGUGGUAUAUUCAUCAAAAAUAUCGAUUCCACCGAAAAAAUUGGCCUCAAACUGAACAAACGCAUAAAUUAUCAUACUAUGGGAAAUUACCACGUACAUAUCAAGCGCUAA